AUGGCGAUGAACAUGGCACAUAUUCGUGACACAAAGUGGCUGACACUCGAGGUAUGCAGGGAGUUCCAGAGGGGCACGUGCUCCCGCUCUGACCAGGAGUGCAAGUUCGCUCAUCCGGCCAAAAGCUGUCAGAUCGACAACGGGCGGGUCAUCGCUUGCUUCGAUUCGCUCAAGGUAAGAAAGGAGAAGCAGGUGUGUGUGAACAGGGAAGUCUGGAGGUCACAUCUCGGACAGAACAAUAAGCAGCUGAUAAGGGAGCGAGCACUUUGAAUCCGACAAGCAGCCAGACUGAGUAUAGGGAGUUAUAAACCUGAAACAGUGGUUAUCUUCAGUGUACAUCACGCUAGAGAGCACCAUCUGGACACGGCAUGUGCUCCACUUAGUCCCGCCUAUUUCUGGUCAGGUGACUGCCACAUGUGAUCAAGCGAACAAGAGGAGGAGGAGUAGAGGGGUUGCAGCUUUUCAGAUUCAGGAAACAGAAGUUAGGUGUUUGUAAUGCUGUUCUACGGAACAUAAAAAACCGUCGCAUGAAUUAAACAGCACAGCCCCUCUGGAGGUGAUAAACACAGCGGCGUGCCAGCUUUAGAAAAGGGAAACACAGAUGAAUAGGCCGUCACAUGUACAGACUCAUAUGGAUGCCCUGAGCACAACAUGUUUCAACAGCAAGAGAGAAAUGAGGUGAUAGCGUCAUCACGGAGCUCUGUCAGACAAACCACUUCCUGUAGUGAGGCCGAGAGGCAGUUAGGAGAGUUUGUAUGUGUGUGCGCCGGUGUGGGGUGGUUUCUAUAUGCACACACAAGCAGAGUAGGGGGCUGAUUUGGGGUAACUAUUGCAGUAAUUUUCCAUUUUUAGGCAGCAGCGAAAAAAGCAAACACCUAUUUUCUCCAUUUCUCCCUUCCUUUCUCACAAUCUGUCUUUUUAUCGGAGCGCAUGAUCUCCAGAGACGGGCGGACCCUCACCAAAAGUUUCCAAUAUUUUUACACACACACAUACAUGUGCGCACACACAGGUCGUACCAUGUGUGUGUUUAUCACUUGUUUGUUUUCUGCCCCUGCAGACACCAGUGACUCGUGGUCAUUGGCAGUGUGCGAUCAGGGCAGGGUUAGGAUGAGGACAGCGUGUGUGAGUGGAUUCACUGAACGGUGUGUAUAGCCAGAUGUGGACAGAGGAACAUUGUCAGACUCAAGCUUGUGUUCCCAAGUUUCGCCUGCAAUACACAUAAGUUUGGGCCUGUGUCUGUGUGUACCACAUUUGAUCAUUGUUCAUUUACGUUGAGUCCUAUUUUGAGAUUUUGGCCUUUGAUUUUAUGAGAUUGCCACCAUCUCUCCUUUUAGUUUUUGUUGAAAGAACUUGGAAGAGAACAACUUUGCUAUGCACAAAGUCAGAUUGGACCAAAAUAUAAGCUGUCACAACCAUAAAUAUUUAAAACAAACCACCUGGUUAAGAAACUUAUGAGCAGAUGGAGAAAAAAACAAGAGUAAGAUUACAUUUAGCUUGUUUUACAGACCUCACACUGUUUCACGUUUGGUCUCUGGGCUGAAUUGCUUGCUGGUUUGCGACUUGUGAUAAUAAUAAUAAUGCAUCAGGUUUCAUAAAGCGCUUUAUCAGAGACCCCCAAAGCGCUUUACAUUUGAUACAUCAUUCAUUCGCUCACACAGUCACACCCUGGUGGUGGUAAACUACCUUAGUAGUCACAGCUGCCCUGGGGCAGACUGACAGAAACGUGGCACAAUCAUACACCAGUGGAGGACACACACUGGGAGCAAGGUGGGUUAAGUGUCUUGCCCAAGGACACAAUGGACAGACUCAGGAUAGGGGGAAAUCGAACCGCCAACUUUGUGGUUAUUGGACAACCGCUCUACCUCCUGAGCUUUGAUAUAAUUUGUGAUCUUUAAAAAGUUCAAAGGAUACUGUGGAAGUGAUAUUAUUUUCCCUUAUAUCAGAAAUUCAUUAGUUCUGAAAUAAACCAAUAAAUUACAAAAAUUAGAACCAAGCUAUGAGAAACUGGAACCUUAGCACCAGUGUAACAGACCCAAAGUAUGAAACACAAAUGCUCCUCUUAGUUUGAAACUUGACGACAUAACAACACAGUAGAAUGUUUGCGGGCAGGCAGAAUGAUCUCGAUAUGUUUAUACAUUGUCAUCCACGCUGAGGUAAAGAGCAGCCACUGGAAAAGAAUAGCUGGCGGACAUAUGGAAGCUUUUUGAAGGAUGCGAGAGGCCUAAUUUAGUAGCCUGGACUCGUUUUCCACUAGGACUCGUGUUUUAAUGAAGAUGGGUGAUACUUUUUUUAACUGUUUGCCCCAUUUUUUUUCCACUGGUAAUGAAAAACAGAGCAGGUCGCUCGAACUUACAGUGGAAAUGGGAGAAAGCGAAAGGGGGCGAGAGAGUACAAGAGGAUGGAGGAAAUGAGAAGCAGAGGCUAUUGAUUCAUUUGUGUAAUGUCUAUAGUCCAGAAAAAGCCCAUUAAAUACAAACACAUAAAAAGAGCCGCGCUCACCGCAUUAGCAAGGCUUUCCUCUUACACAGAUCCAACACCCACAUGCUCAAACAUCACAUGUCCUACUUCACUUCCACUUUGCGGUGGUUAAAAUAGGACAAAUUUUCAAUCUAUUUGUCUUACAUGAAGUCGCAUUGUUCCCAAUUACUAGUCUUAGACCCCCCUCCACACACACACACUGAACCCUCCUGAACACAUGCACACACACUCUGCCCAAGAGAGAGUAUCGGCCUUCUUCUUCUUCUUCGUCGUCGUCUUCUUCUUCUUCUUCUUGAGAGGUGUAUAAUUAGAACAGGUCUCACAUGAUCACCAGUGCAUAGCUGAGCAGGUCACACCCAAACCCAGUCAUUUCCCCAACAGCCACACACACAGAAACACACACUCUCUCUCUCUUUGGCCUCCUUUUUACAUGGUUCACACACAGACACACAAAGACACACAAAACAUGUGUCCUGCUCAAACCAUGUCCAUGUUGAGGGAAUUAGAGCAGGGAAUUGCAAUAUUUCAUGGGAAAAUGUACACAACCCUAAUCAGAUGUGGAUCAGAUCCGCCUGAAGCAAGACAAUCAAUCAGAACCAUGUUUUCAUCAAGACCAAAGGAUUGAAACGAAGUUGUUGCAUACAUAUGUCUAUGCAUUGACAAUACACAGUGCAUGCAUGUGUGGUUGUUCACCGACCUUAAAGUCCCACUCCGAUUGUUUCUUUUUUCUACUUAUCAGUGGUCAUUAACCCUCCUCCUGUGUUAGGGUCUGCACCGACCUGUUUUUGUUUUUAAAUGCUCAAAAGAACCACAUAAAUUAGCUUUUUUGCAUCAAGACUUUUUGACUUUGUCAGGAACCUCUAUUUCUGACAAAAUAUAAAAAUUAAAUUGGCUAAAUUACAAAAUGCUCUUAUCAAAAUUAUGUCACUUGUCGUGUUAGAGUUGCUGGCGACCCGUUUAUAUUAGUAUCUAAUAAUUUGUGCAAAAACUACAAUCAUAAGUGCACUGUCAGGCACCACACUGACAGUCAGAUCCUCUUCCAAUCAUGUGAGAUUUAGGAAAUUCUCAUUUUGCCUGUUUUUCCCUGCACAAAAAACAACAUCAGGCAUGUCCAGACAUGUGAGAUCAAUUCAGUAUAGAUGUCUGUGUGAGGGCUAUACUGACAAAAAAAGGCCCAGAGGACCACAACAAAAAAUAUUAUAAGCAAUAUUUUCAUGGAUAACGAAGCCUAACAUGUUAACCUAGAGAUGAGAACCACAUUGGAUGAUAGAGAAGUGUUUUUGGCGUAAUUUACAGCUGAUUUAAGACACGGGUCGAAACCGACCCUUAACAUAGUGGGUGUGUAGUGAAAGCUAACACAGGAGGAAGGUUAAGUCGGGAUUUUGAAGUUUUUAGCUGUAAUCUCAUUUCCUGUGUCAUUUUCGAGGGCUUUUUUUCUGCAGCGCUUCAGAAGAUCAUUAGCAAUUCGCCUCUGAGUUGUGGAGAAAGCGCUGCUCUGCACACUAGCUUGUAGCCUAACAUUGCCGGUGUAGUAGAAGUGGCAGGUGACAGGAGUUCUUCAGCUCUCGGACACUAAUGUCUUUAGGCACACGAUAAAAGUUAGUAUCAUAAUUAGCUUUCUUACGAGCAUUGCAAUCCGCUAACGUACACAUUUAUUCCACAAUUGUCCUCUCUUUGUUUCCGAGUGUGGCUUGCAAAGCGGGGCUUCGGGGGCGGAGCUUGGAUUUGCUACAUAGGAAAUCUCACCGUAUCUGAACCUGCCGUUUGGGUCUGCCAGAGAUUCACAGCGAUUUGAAUGCAGGAAUGCAAUUUCGCAUUUUCUCGUAAUACGUCCUGUAGCAUCAGAAAAAUGCUAUAUGAACAUGUAAAAAACAAGAAAAACAUGAUUGUCAUCAGAGUGGGUCUUUAAGCUCGGCCUUAACCUCAGUUUGCAGCCUUCUCUGUUGCUUGUAUAUCUGCCUAGUACAGCAGAGACAGCUCAGCUAUGUCAAAGCGGGGUAAAUAUUUGGAGAAGGAUAACAGCUGCCAGAACUCCCUGAUUUAAAAUAAGCUUCGCAACUUUGUCUAUUAAUGAUUAACCACUGAGCAGACACUGAAACUAAAUCAGCUAGAUUAAUACUCAGCGCUAAAUAUUUAGAUCUGCUUUAAUACAAACAUAGACGCAGGCAAGAUGGCUAAAAAGACAAGUGGGGGUGUUUGAUGCAGCCACUGCCUCAAAAAGACGAAGGAGCUUUCAAAAUGAUACGCUGAGUGAGGAAGUAACCUGCGUUUGACCAUCAGUGGUUGUAAUCAGCUGUGUUGCUUUACCAGAGCACUCCUUAUCAGAUUGGAGUGUAAAAGUCAGCUCAGGUUGCAGAGGUAGUCGAGCUGAUGCUCACUUCAUUAGGUUACGCCAGAAUGAGUCUGAAAUAAUACUCUGGCUACAGUAACCGAAUGCCACAGCUCCACCACACCCACAGAGGUAAACUGACAGCUCACUCCAACUCCUUUGCCCUCCUAUACUCAAGCCUUCUUCACUUCACUCGUUUCCUUUCCCUAGCCACUUGUUUUUCAUUCCCCUCCCGUCUCCUUUUACUUGAUAUCCCGCUCAGUCUGGUUUUCGCCUCAUUUACCUCAGGCCACACCCAUCCACUGACAGGACGGUUCACAUUACACCCCCCGGUUGACGCAUGUACACAUUAACUCACAGACACACAUACAUGAGCGAUAAAGUUUGUCUGGGGGCAGCAAAACCGUGACCUCGUGUGAACCCGAGAGCAACGGCAAGUCACUGUUUACACCCAACACAAGCUAGGUCAUAAAAAACGAGCUGUAUCCGUCUACCAUGGGGAACAGUUUGAGCACAGCUUAGACCUUGUACUUUGUCUACCUGCCAGCCUGACACACCCACUGUCAUCAUGUCUGAGUUCUGAGUAACAGACUAAGUGUGCAUGUGUGUGUUAGUGUGCUAUAUCUGUAUUAGUGCUGUUGCAGCAGGUUUCUUUGUGUUACCACACAGUUGUGAGCCAAGAUUACAUUCCAGCAGAGCAGAGGGCGGUUAAAAUACCUCUUAUUUAUCUCUCUGUGUCUCUAUCUCUCUAACUCUUUAGCCGCCUGUGUUCCUAUCCUUCUUUCCUCCUCUCGUUUCACCGACCAUAUUAAGACAGCAUGUUUAUGUGCAGUAGUAGCGUUGAGCAGGCGGGUUAAGCACACACAGAUUGCGAGGUGGUUGGGCAGACAGACAUGUGGGGUAAAUAUUAGCCGCGUUGCUAGUCUACAGUGUUGUUUUUUUUACGAUUUCAAACACAAAUCAACCGGCCAAUCUCUGCGCAGUCGAAGCAACAAGACGCUUCUGCGUGAGUGUGAGCAUAUGGUUGUGAGUUAAAGGAGGCUAAUGUGUAUUUGAUAAUGCUGUCAUACACUGCAGCACAGCACUAGAGCACAUCAAAGGACACACUGAAAAUAGCCACGUGCAGGCACUCAAUCAUCUGGCAAAACCCUGACAAAACAGCCUAAUCUUUUAGGUUUUAUUUAGGUUUUGCAUUGUCUUAUGUUCGACUAAGUAAAAGUGUAUUUGUUUCAUUUUGGUCACACAGUUUGAAACACAAAAAAAGAUUUCCUUCUCCGUUUUCCAACACGUGUAAUAACCUUGAAGUGUCUAGUUUCAUUUAUUCACAUCAAACUUUCUCCGGUAGAUCCGUGCCAGCACCAGACACAAUCCAAAUGCUCUGUUUAUUUGUACAGAUGGGUGAGUCGGAUCCAGAGCCGCUCACAGACGUCUGAUCCUCACACCGUCCACCUCUCAGGCUUCUCGCCAAGAACGACAAGCCGAAAGAAAACAGCGAGAAGAAAAGGAAAUUGGACACCUGUCCACACUAUGAUGAUGAUGAUGUCAGUAUCUGACCAGGACAGACUUGUUUUUCCGACGAAGCUUCCCUCACACCUGUGUUUGGGGCAUUUGUUUUCAGUAGCAGCGAGCUUACCCUCUGCAGUGGGGCUAUAAAUCAGGCACAGACUGGGUUUCUCUUCCUGUGCCGUCGUUGCAUGAGAUCUCCAUCCUAAUUGGAUUUUUAAUGAGAUAUCUUCUCUCUUUAAAUUAAGAAGGCGAGGACUCAGUGAUCCAUAUGAUUUACUUUUUACUAGAAGAGGGCUGUUCAUAUCACAUUGCGCCCUGUUUUGCUGUGCUGAGUCUUCUCCAUAGCUGAUUAAAAGGAGCAGGUUUCCCUGGAUAACAGCUGAGUCAUAUUCAAGGGGCUUCUAUGCAAAUAAGAGGGAUCUUUUACAUCUCUGUCUCCUGGUGCUGAUGGGUUUAUUCUUACGUCUUUCUCACUUUCACGCCAGAGAGAUUUCUGCUCUAAUCCAGGCCCACACAUACACAUUUAGACACACUGACACACACACACACUUACUCAGACAGACAUCCUUUGGUCUGCUCACUCUCCGGUGUGUGCAUCCUCGUCGGAUCAGCGCGGCUGUGCGUCUUCUGUGUGAGCUUAUGUGACGGAAGAUCAACAACAACAGCCCGUCUUUUCUUCUCAGUGUCAGCCGUCCCUGUCCCUCUAUCACACUGAGUCCCUUUAUGUUACCACCGAUACAAUGAUUACUUCUCUCGCCCCCUCUCCCUGUCUCUCUCCUUCUCUGUCUGCUUUCUCUUUAACAUAGACAUACCAUACAGCCCUGCGUAGCCAGAGGGCUUGUUUGUUUCAGCAGUUAACAAAUAUUGACAAAUCAAAGCCGAAUUAUACAUAAUCUAAAUUUAAAUACUCACAUGCAUCAUCUCUGGCGUGUUCAGGUGAUUUCCUUAAAUUUCCAUGAGUUCAUUUGUAUCAAGACGUGUAUUAGAGACUGAUGUUCAUUGGAAAAGGUGAAUGCCUCGUUUUCUUUGAAUCCUUAAUGCUGAAAAGGCCAAUGUAAUUCAGUUCAAAAAUAUGCAGAUUGUACUACUACUUAUGAUAAAUGAUUUAUAAAUGAAUAAAUUAUUAAAUGUGAGUACUUUUACUUGCUGCUGCAGGAAAAAAUUAACCCUACAGAGCAUUUUAACUUGGUUAUGAUAGAAUUAUAACUUUAAAGCGACUUAAUUCGGGUUAAAAGUGAAUUUGCCCAAAGAAAUGUUAACAGAUUAAUCUUUAUAUAAUUAAAUAUCUUUUAAUUCAUUUUCAAAUUCUCCAUUUUUGACAGUUUUUUCCUCUUCUCCCUCUUGUCAGCGUUUUCAUACUUUUACAUGCAAACCUUCAGUCACCCCAGCUAUUAUCCUCCCAUUAGACGGCUAAGAGAGGAGCUGGAGGGCACAGCUACUCACUUAGACUCUCCUCUCUCAGCACCUUUUCACGCCGCCCCUCCCUCUUGCCAGCUGUUGCGUCCGUCAGUCAAGUUCACCCCAUUCCUUAUCUGUCUGUCUGUUGAUGCCAAAAAGUAAAAGAGAAGCUGCGCGAUGACAUGCCCGCUGGUGGUUGUGAAAGCCGUGUAAAAUGUUAAGCAAUGAGGAAACACAACAGGGGUAACUUUCUCUUGUUUUUACUUUUUUAUCUUUUAAUUUAACAAACGUUCUGUCUUAAACUUACAGUGACAGAUAACUACUUUUCUCUGAUUUUUAAAUGAAUGUUUUUAAUACUUACUUUCAAUAAUAAAUCUAAUAAUAAUAACACUUUUUAUUUAUAGGCAAUUUUCAAAACACUCAAGGUCACUUUGCAAGGCAAAGUUUGAUCUGAAGUGGGAAAACAGUUAUCCAAAUCUAAACUUUAAUAUUGUAAAUACUUUGUACAUGUAAAGACAAUUUAUUUAGCUUUGUGAUGUGACCAAAAAUCCUAGUAUGGAAGUUGUGAAAUCCUAAAGUCCUCAGUCCUCACAAGUGGUGUCUCUGCUUUUUCAUGUCUAGAUUUUUCAUGUGUCCUUGUUUUUUGACCUGAAACAGUCGCACCACCUGAGGUCCAAUUAGUGUUAGCCCUAAUUAGUUUUGUGUGUCACGCACAGACUGCUGGAGUCUGUUUACACUGCAUUGUACUGCACUUCACACUCUGUAUAAUAUUUUGCUGUAUAUAUAACCAUGACAAGAAGCAUUUGAAGUGCUUUUUGGCGUUUACUGGCAAGUUUACUACGACUGAAACAAACAUCUUUCCUCAAGCUGAAUUAUUUUUUAUAGUUUUUUGCUUUACUCAUUAAUAAGUUAAAGUGAUUGAUAUAGUAGUUAAGAAAUAUGUUUCAAUAUUGUGAGUGAAAGUAGAAAAAUUAGAAAAAUAAUCUUUUUAUUUCAAACUGGGAUGAAAGAAAAUGUAUUAGGAGAACUGUCCUGCCUUUUAAAUGUGCAUUAACAUACUUUUGAAACAGGCCUCAGACAGAAGUUUUCUUAUCCUUUUCACUCUUUCAGAUUUUUCCUACUUUUCAAUAAAAUAUAAGUUAAAAAAAAUAAAAACUGUGAAGCCAAAUAACUCACCAAAAUGCAAAUAAGGGAGAAAGAGAGUGAAUGAGCGAAAGCAUCCAGCUUGUGCCAGCGCCAGGGCUGAAGGAGAUAAUCGCACCCCUAAACAGGAUUAGGCCAGUUGACAGUGGGAUUAGAGCUGUGGAUAGGAUUACAGUAUGUGAGAUCAGAUUAGCAUAAUACAUGCCAGAUUUAAUCUGUUAGUGCUGCAAAUAAAAUCAUCUGCCCGCUGGUUAUUACACAGCCUUUGAUGGAGGAGGACACUCGCUCUCCGUGAGUCCCUUCAAUCUAGGUGUCCCAGAACUGAGAGGGACGUGAACCCUGUGCAGAUAAUGUUUGCAGGGAGAGUGCAAAGGGCCCGGAUCAAAGAGGGUUUGGCAAAUAGAAAAGGAGUCACAUAUAUCUUGUUUUUUGUCACAUUUGAGGUUUGAAGGUGAAUGGCAAAGAUACCACUCUUAGGUAGGAGAAGAUAUUGUCUUUUUAAGAGAGACUGAAGACAUCCUAGAGAAAGUAUUUGUCUUUGUGUCUUUUUUACUCAAGUGUUCAUGGCUACCCUCUCUUUUUUCUCCUUUUAUCCCUUACCAUGACUGUUAAAUCUUACAUUUUAGCUACAUUCACUUAAGAUAGAUCAAAACUGAUCGGAAAUUAGGGUCAAAGUCACUAAAUGCUCAACUUUAGGUUUUAAAAUGGCCGACAGAGAUAAAUUUUAGGCUUUGAUCCAACGUUUGAGGCCUACAUAGUCUGAGAAAAGAGCACACCUCAGUCAUUUCAGAAACAACAGCGCACUUAUUGACGCCUCGCUGCUGCCUGGACCUUGUGAUUUCUGCUCAAUGGCUCUUCUCUCUGUCUCCCACUGAAAAGAAAGGCUUGGAGAUGAUUAAAUGAACGUUCCCGGGCCCGCCCCACACACUCACACUGCGAGCACUGGACGGCUUCCAUAAAGCGCCGCUCCUCAAAUCGAUACCUGUGCAAUUGCUCUGUUAUUACUGAUAAUGAAAAGCAUGUAAGUAAACCUUGUUGGCUCUCAGGAGAAGGGGGUAGCAACCGGACUGAAUAGAGACUGAAGAGAGGGAAAUCUGCUGUAAAUAAAGUCACAUGAAAUUGUGUUUGUGUGGAGAGAUCGAGGAAAGGGAGGGAGGUGUCUGAAAACAAAAAAAGUCCAAGUCAAAGAGGUUGAAGUUUGGACUGUGAGCUCUUGUGUACGUGACAUCUGACCCUGCGGCAUUUCUGAGAACCAACACCUCCUCAAGUGUGAAUAACUCAUUGCUGCCCGUGUCAGUCUGUUUGUGUCGCAGGUUUGUGUGGCUGCUGCUGUCUCUAACUCACACAUGGUUUUUUCUCACCUGAGACCACUGAGUUCUGCAGCUAGCAUCAAAUUAAUACCGCUUUCGAAACUUUCAAAACCCUCUCAAAUUUUCCAUGCACACAAAUGUACCUUUUAUGCGGCCAACCUCAUGGCACUCUGUGUGGUCUUUUUUGCAGCCUAUAAUCCUUGUUCUCUCUGUUGUUGUUUGGUGAGGGUGGUAAUGCGUCACCGGGGGCAUAUUGUAACUAUUAUCAUAGAUUAGCACUCCCUCCUCCAUAUCUCAGUAAGCUGCACUGGUCACAUCAGGUCUCUGACCACAAAGCUGUGCCGCAUGGAUCACUGUGGAAUUGUGGCCCCUCCAGGGAGACAUAGAUACAGUAUAUGCACUGGGGUAACAGUGUGUUUAUGGUGGAAUAUAGACAUGCUAACCACAAAAAAAGACAUAAACCUGCUUAGAUCUCAUAUGUGUUCAUCACUUUAUUUUAAUUUACUGCCAAUCCAAUCCUGAAUUAAGUUACUAAAGGCACAAAUAUAAUGCACUCUACUGUAAAAGGGUCAUAUUGAUUUGGGAUUUGCUAAUAGCUUUUUCUCAGUUUAAUGGCUGCUGUUGUACCACAUCCACAAGAAAUCAAUGCAAGUAAACUGCAUGUGUCUUCACUGACAUUUAGGUAAAUCAACUUUGCAUGUGAUGUAAGAUGAUCUGCAGAUGUAUACUGUAUGUAUUUUAUUAUUUCAAGGCAUAUUUGAGUGCACAGUAGACAAAGAGACCAACCACUGGGCCGGGCCCUUUGAGUCUCCGCUGCUCUCUGUCAAAACAAAGCUUCAUUCACAGCGUGUGUGUGAGGAGAAAGGGCUUUCAUCUCUGCGUAUGUUUAGACAGAAGUCACUGGAACGCAGGGCAGAGAACAGAGCAGCGUCACACCACCAACACCCAACAAGACCGAGGCUUACGCCAUAACAUCACACCACAACAGCAGGGCACAGAAGAUAAGACAGCUAGUGGAUUAAAAGACACGGGGACAUUACAGCAUGCAGGGUGCUUGUGCAGUCAGGGCUGAUACUUCAAAUUAAGGACCAAAAAAAAAUGAACGGUAGCUGUUAGUUCAUGCAGAAAUAAGAUUAACAGCAAAAGCACAAAUCUGAGCUAAUGUAUUUGCCCACGGACAAAAAAAAAAAGAUGGUUUGACAGUUUGACUUAAAAUAAUACAAAGUAGAGUGUAAUGGGUAAGGGAAGCAAAAAAGCGUUUUAAACUUUCUGUUAAAACUCCAGUAAGGAGUUUUUAAAUGAAACAUACUAAUGCUGCGUUCCAGUUGUUCUCGGAAGUCGGAAUUUCCGAGCUCUGAGUUGAAAAUUAAUCUGGAACACCCCCCUGAAGUCGGAUUUUCCGACUCUGGAAGUCGGAUGAUUCCUCACCAACCCCGACUUGACGACAUCAUAUUCCAAAAUGGCAGCACAGUGCAUCAACAGUAAAGAGUAACAGUGAAAGCUCUUGUAAUGUUUUAUUUAUUAGCACUCCUGUUUUGUUUUUGUAAAAUCAAAAAAGUGGUUUAAGUUGUACUGCCAAACGUCUAACUGUGAACACGGUGCUAUGGUGUUUGUAAAAGUAAGUUUGUAAAAACCGGUAUCGCUAACAAUAACUAACAACCGCUGACAACGGCUAACAACAGCUAAUAACCGCUAGCAACAACUGACAACGGCUAACAACAGCAGACAAUAGUAAACAACAGCUAUCAACAGGCAACUGUAGGCGUCCAUCUUGGUUUUGUGACUUGUUAACUGGAAGUCAACUUGGGUGUUGCGCCAUUCCCAGCUCCAACAUCCAACUUCUGAGGUAACUUGAACGCAGCAUAAAAUUUUUACUGUUGCAUCAAUGUGACUCACUGAAGCUAUCCAGACAAUCAGAAACAAAAUCCUUUCUGUGAGGUCAUUUUUAAUGCUUGUAACCUCUGUGAGGGGCACUUUGGGUCCUCAAACAUUUAGGGAUAUAUUACCAAGUGGAAGGUUUCCGGUAAUUGAGAGCUUUAAGAAUAUUGGUUAAGUCUGUCUUUCUCCAUCGUCGCUCUGAUUUACCCUCUUCAUCUCACAAAAACGCACAUGCGUAAUAACAAAACUCUCCGCUCGCAUCAUCUUCUCUCCCCUUUAAAGGAUGGGAUGCAACCCCACCCUGCAUUCUUUACACAUUGGUUCAUUGUUUGUUUAAAUCCCACACGGUCACAAAGGCAGGGGAGUGUGGAUGAGAGUCAGAAGGGAGAGUGAUCAGGGUGGAACAUGUUGUUACAACUUAUCAUCAAUCAGACUGCACGGUAGCAGUGGGAUUAUUGUUCCCUGUUUGGCCUGGAGUCUGGCAAGGCUGAUCUCACCAGGAGAAACUCAACCCCCCGCCAAUAAUACAAAACACAAUGUGGACUGAAGUUACAAGAAGGCACGGGAAGUUCAGCUGGCAGCAGGAGUGAGAAAAACAAGGCUGGUUUUACUGAAGAGUUGGCAAUAUAACAAUAUGACCUCUUGUUGCAUUUUGAAGGAAACUUGGCUUGAUAAUAAGUUGGCCUUGGUUGUAACAACUGGAAAAAGAAUUAAAAACAUAUCAAGCUAUUUCUAUGAUUCAUCAUGUACAAAUGUGUAUAUGCGCUUAAGUUAUGAAAAAAUGAUUAAAGCUACUGUGAGGAUUUUUUUGCCUCUAUAUGAGCUACAAAUGCAAAUGAGACCAUCGGUGAUGAGAAAGCAAAGCAAAACAACUUUUACAACAUAUUCUUCUCCAAAUAGUGACACUUUUGAAUGCAACUUUUUGUCAGCUACAAUCAUUUUGGGAAAAACUCUCAAAGGAAAAAAAACAAAAUUAACCAAAAGUUGCUCAUGGGAGCUUUAAUCUGGAUUUCAAAUUGAAAUGUAGGCACUUUUUACCCGUUCAUAGUCAGUACAGAGCCAUAGUGAAGCAGAAAACAUAUAUAAUAUUGCUUACUUUUUGAUUUACACAUUUAUGUUUUAUUUAUGAGACAUUUUUUUUGUUGCUUAAGUUUCUUAUCAGCCUGUGAAUAGUGUACAUGGCUCUGUUUCUGUGUCAACACUGCAGCUGGUGUCUCCAAACUGGGGAUGUGCCGAUUGCUAUCUGCUACACAUAGUUCAUUCACAUUUCUACCUCAAACAACCUAGCUCCAAAAACAUCCAAACUAUCCCUUUAAGGUUGUUUGAGUGUGGUGAGAUAAUGCAACUCUCUGCUCCAGUUUUGCUCCAGUUUUGUUUUUUUUGCUAGAAGAGCAGGUCAAUGAAAUGAAAUGUCAGAGAUGUUAUCCCUUACCCUGCACUAAAAAAACAAACACGACACAUGGCAGAUAGGGGCACUCAGGGAAUAGUUGUUGCUUUUAAGGCGGUUUGCUUGUGUAUUAGUGUUUUUCCAAGUUCAUGAGCCUCCGAGCUUUGAGAAGCUUCCAGGAAUCACUGCGUUGUCAGAGUGUCUGACAGCUUUGUUGCCAUGGACACAGUCUCUAGCUUUGCCUCAAGGCCUCUGAUGUCACAAUAACAGCCACAAACAUGAAGCAAGAGGAGUGGUAUCUCCCUCCCUCUCUUCAGUCUUCAUCUGUAUUUGCAUUUCUCUUUCACUUUUCUGCAAGCAAUGACCCGAGAAAUCACUUCAUCUGCAAGUUCUAUAAUUUCCCCGACGCAGCUCUCACUAGACUCGGUCUCUUUUCCACUCAUGCAGCUCCUCCUUCUGGGAGUUCUUUUUUAAGAUGUCUAACAUGACUGGCUGAUUUGAUUUAAAUCUAUUUUAUGAGUAUUUUGUAGGACGGAGUUGGCUAAAUUCAAACUUUCCUGUCGCUUCCCCUAACGCGACCCUCUUACCUUAACACACACCUCCGUACACACAGCCGUUAAUCCAGGGGUCGACAGACAGGUUCAUGUAGGGUGAUUGCAACGUGAUCCUUCAUGCCUUUGCUGCCCACUCUGCACACACACACACACACACACUAUCUCUGCACACACUCCCACCCUCCCUUUGCUGCAUGCCAUUGUCACUCUCUUGAUGAGUGCUAUUAGGACCUGCUUCCAGUCCUUCUCACCACACAAACACACACUCAUGGCACACUUUUUCCCACUUGAGCUCCCACAUCUCUCAGUGCUGCCAGUGUCAGAAUUUUCCUGGAUGCCAGCUCAGCUUAUGUGCGGCAUGGAAAGUUAUGCUACCGCUAAAUCUGCUUUGAAUCGAUUAGGCGGCCCUUGACAUAGCUACCCAAAGUUUGAUUAAAUUGUGUUUCAUUUUAUACAACUGAGACAUUUGACAUUCAUGUGCAUGUAUAUUUUCAUUCUGCAUGAAUGAUUUGAUAAAGUAACAGUGGUAUAAGUAACAUCCCACAUCUGGGAUUCUGCAUGGAAGACGAUAGAGGUAGGAGAAAAAAUUGAUACAUCAUAGUAUCGCGAUAUUUUGUCUGGUGAUAUAUCGUAUCGUCUCAUUUACCAAGAAUCAAUUUUUCAAAUUAAUUGUGCUAAUAUGAAGUCAAAUGAUAAUGGAAAAACAAAAUCAGCUGUUUGUCCAGUGAGGUUGGCAGAGGUGACAUCAUAGAGCAGGAGAAAGUUAGUACAACAAAUAAGACAAACAUAAAGGAAAGCCAAAUGCGAAAUUAGCUUAACAGUUGAAAGAAUUGUAUAAAUCGCAAUAUAUUGUAUCGCAAUACUCACUGUAUCGCAAAAUGUUAAAAAUCGCAAUAAUUUCAUAUUGUGGUCGAAGUAUGGUGAUAAUAUCAUAUUGCCACUAAUGACGAUCAUCGCAGUAAGAAACAGAACAGCGACAUAGAAGAGAGAAAACAUGGCUAUAAUCCUCCUUGAUCCUUAAAGCAUUGCUGCCACCUUCCUAAUGCAACUUAAUCUCUGACCAUUUCUGAAUGAAACCCAAUGAGAACUCGAGAUAGCAACGUAAGAGAAGUGGACAAAACAAAAUAUCUCCAAGAGGCCCCCUCUGCCAUUUAAGUGUCCUUAUCUCCCCCUCCUCUUCCCCUGCACCUGUCCGGAGCUCUGGUGUCGCUGAAAGUGAAGGAGAUGGGAGAAGGGGAAUGAAGUCAUGACGGAGUACAGAGAGGAAUCCCAGUGGGGACAGCUCUGUCAGCAAGGGAAAGCACAGUGCGCCAGUGUCAGCUCAGCUGUGCUAAAGGGCUGAAAGUAAAUACACAUCCUCUCUAAACUCUGGACUGGGCUGUGUGCGUGACGUCUGUCUGCCACCUGUUACAGGAGCAUGACCCCGACGUGCAUACAUUAAUGUGUGUGCAUUCCUGCAAGCAGAAGAAUGUGUGUGUUUGUGUGUGUGUGUGUGUGUUUGUCCGACUUCUUAGACUCCUCCUCUUCAGACCGAGAGCAGCAGCAGGGUGAGGGAUCUCUGUCUUCGAUAAUUAGCUAAAGGCUUUGACCUCUGGAUGACUGCUGAUACGAUAUACGUGGAUGAUAUGAGUGGGCAGUAUUUAUAGGGUUGGUUAGACGUGUCACUAAACUGAACGUCUGGAGGGCUGCAGCACAGUGUCAGUGAUAACUCCCUAAGAUGAGCACGCACACACGCACACACACACAGACAUGUCCCUGCUGGGACUGACAAAAAUAGCAAGUUGUUAACAAUUAGUGCUAGACUGAACCCAGACCUAAUGAGUGUCUGACAUUGAGCUUUCUAUAAACAAGGAAGUGUUGGGUGUACCCAUUCAUUCCAGUUUGUAGAUUUUUUUGAUGUUUCACUCAGGAAAUCAUCCAGAUCUGCUUGAUUUCUGCCAUUUUCAUAUGAAAAAAUGUUGCUCAUUCCUGCUCGACAUGCUUUUUUUCUGUCUUCUUUGAUGGAAUAUAUAGACAGAUGGAGCGCAGGACGACAACCACCUAAUUUAUAAAAAGAUUAAGGCAAUUCUAAGAGUCUGUAGCCAAACUAGCCAUCAUUUAAGGCCAUACUAACAUUGCUUUGAGCUUACCCAUUAACAUUUACAAAUGACCACUUAGGAGCAGAGACUGAUGGGAGUGUCAUCAGGCUAGAGGCAUGUGGUGAUCAACCUGAAAUCAAGAGUAAAAAACAGUUAGCUAUACUUUGAGACACAUAAAUUUCUCUUCCAUAUCAUUUCAGUCUGUCCAAUAGUAAAUGAUCAAACAGCCAGUUUAUUCAAAAUCACAAAUCUCAGCUUUAUUGAGGCAUUAGAGGAGGAUCAGCGUUUAAGAUGCACAAAUGUUGAAUUCACUUCAAAGAGCUUUGACAUUUCUGUGUGGAUAAAGAGUUUAGACAGCUGACAAACCAGAGCUAAACUCUGAAAGACCUACUUUAGUUUAUCUACUAGAGUUUAUCAGAGUUAAAGUGAACUUAAAAAGACUCCUAACCAAAUCAUGAGCCUGUUUCCGAGAUACAUCCUCUAAAGACCUUCUCUCUGAUAUUUCAUUAUGUUCCUGUCCAUGAAAGGUACAGCCACCCUGUAAAAGCAGCCGUACAUACGUUUAAUGCACCACUCUGUUGUUUGUCUUUCAGGGCCGUUGCUCCAGGGAGAACUGCAAGUAUCUGCACCCUCCUCCCCACCUAAAGACACAGCUUGAGAUCAAUGGCAGGAACAACCUGAUCCAGCAGAAGAACAUGGCCAUGCUGGCCCAGCAAAUGCAGCUCGCCAAUGCCAUGAUGCCUGGAACGCAGCUACCACCUAUGGUGAGAGGACACACACGUAUGAACAUACCACAGCUACUACCAAUGGUGAGACUGCAUACAUGUAAAAGCUCCCACAAAAACAGCUCCCUCACUGUCUGCGUGGCUCCUGUAGCAUUCUGACUCCUCUUUCAGUCAGAGUGUCUCUUUCCCGAUCAAAAUUUCAAAUAAAAGUACACAUGAUCCACAGUGAUUUCACCCCUCUGCUUUUAUUUGUUCACACAGCCCAUGUUCUCGGUGACACCAGGCCUAGCCACCAAUGCCAGUGCAGCAGCAGCUGCAGCUGCAGCCUUUAAUCCCUACCUGAGCCCUGUCUCACCCGGCCUGAUGCCCCCAGAGAUCCUGCCCAGCACCCCAGUCCUCAUGGCUUCCAGCCCAACCGUCAGCCAAGUCCCCAACGCUGCUGCUGCAGCAGCCCAGAAACUGCUGAGAACAGACAGACUUGAGGUAAGAAACAAAGUGAUGAAUGAAGCUGAUUUUGGUGCAUUAUGUUGUAUAGAAGCAAAGCGAUCUCUGAAGGGGUUAAAUCAUGAUUAUUAUUUUUUUUCUUUGUGGGGGUAGAAACACACAGGAUGAUAAUGAACAAGAUAAGUGCUGUUUAACAAGCCACAAAUAUUCAGACCCUUUGUGGGCUUAUGUAAACUGUCUCUGUAACUUAAUUGAAAUAUUUAUAGCAAAUUCAAAUAGAUAAAAAUAAAAGCAGAGUUCAUAAACUGUGUUGUUUUUUCUGCUCAUGAGACAGAGUGCAUUCAAGGAGUUAGUUUGGAAUUAAGAGUUGUUUACUUUGAAUGAACCCGCUCUCUCUCUCACUCGACCUUGUUUAGCACCAGCACACUUUGUACUUUUGUACAGUACGCUCCCCAAAAUGCUAAAAGACAAGCACAAGAGAUGAGCCUGAACUUGUUGAAUAUUUAUUUGAGUGGGUAGUGCAGUAAUGAUUUCCAUAGCCGCACUGAUAGUAAAGCAGCAGCAAACGAACACAUUCUUUCUUUUAUAAGGAAAAAAAAAAGAAAGAAAAAGAAAAAACAUUCGGCGCUCAGAGCAAAACAUUUGCUGCAGCAGCAUUGCAUUCUGGUCUUUCAAGGUUACCGUCGGCACUGAACUUAUUGCAUCUCCCUCUUCUACUGUGGUUGGUGGUGUUGUGCUUAGAAAGAGGCCUUUGUUCUCUGAAUCUGAUUUCCAGCAAAAUGAAACAUUAUUGUUGCUGAGCUGAAAACAUCUGAAUGAUAUUCAAGUUUUCUUUUUUCUAAUAGCAUCUUUGUGUGUUAAAGAAAGAAAAUACAAAACCUCACAAUAAACCUCAAAAAUGUGAUGAAAGCACUGUUUUCUAUUAAAUACUAUUAAGAUCAGAAAGGAGGGCAAAUCUAAUGUAUUAUUAAAUCCCUCCUCAAAUAAUGAAGAGAAAAUAUCAGUUAAAAAAUCUCUUUUUAUUGUCUUUUUGGUACACAAAUUCAUCGCAAUUCAACCAAACACACUCAGAGCAGGAGACAAGAGUGGAUAGCAGAUACCCGUGUGCUCAAGCUACCUCUAAUUUUCAAAGAAGGUGCUGCCCUCUGCUGUCCCCCACAGAGAUUUUUAAACAUGACUGAGACUCAGGUUGCAGCAAACACAUCACAACAGGAAGCAGGAAGAUGCUGCACCAGCUUAAAAGUGACAUCAAGGCAGAGAAAGAAGUGUUAGCUUUAAACAUUAAGCUCAUUCUGGUUAACAGGUUCAUGCAGAAAAACACAUUUUUUCUCUGUAAAUAUAUCAUUUUAUAAUUCCUUUCGUUUUAUGUCCAGGUGUGUCGGGAAUAUCAGAGGGGCAACUGCUCUCGGGGGGAGAACGACUGCCGCUUUGCCCACCCGUCCGACAGCACCAUGAUCGACAACAACGACAACACCGUCACCGUGUGCAUGGACUACAUCAAGGGCCGCUGCUCCCGGGAAAAGUGCAAGUACUUCCACCCGCCAGCUCAUCUGCAGGCCAAAAUUAAGGCAACCCAGCACCAGGUGAACCAGGCCACAGCCGCCGCAGCCAUGGUGAGCAGUCUGUACGCCUAUGCUCUCACCCACAGCACAAGAUUAGAUCCUUUUCAAAUCUAUUUGACAUGAGCCAGAAGGAAAUGUUUCAUGUUUAUGACUCAGUGUUUCACCUCAUGGGUUAGUUCUGCUUCUUGUAGGCCAGAUUAUAGCCUUAGAUUAAACUCACUAAGAAUAGGAUGGUUUGAAAAAAGAAACAGGUAAUGGGAUAUAACUUUGAGCAUUUAUGGUUUGUCUUUCCUCCUAUUUGAUGGAAGUUCACACAUUGUCUGUUCCUUUUUUCACCUCAUCCAAGACUGCAAACAGUUAGCUAGUUCCCCCCUCUCUCUCUCUCUGUCUCUCUCUCUUUUUCUCUCUGUCUGAUGGCCUGCUUCUAUUUGUGACACCAUUGUUUCUGUGCUUCCUAUCUUUUACUUCUCUUCCUCUUGACAUUAUUAAAAAGGAUUCAUUGUGCUCUCAGUCCUGUCUCUCAGUAACAGCACCUGUGAAUAAUAUAGCACAGCCACACAGUGUUUUUUUCUACAUGCUCUUAUUGACAUAGCGAGGCGGUGAAUCAUUGUAAUGUGACAAUGACUAUGAUGUGCACAGUCAAACAGAAACCUGUAAAUCGUGCUUCCAUGUAUUUUCCUGUCCAGUACGAUAACUGAGACUUAUUUGACAGUAAUGUUUGAAUAACAUUCUCAUGUUAUGUUCAUCCAUGGUUGUGUGAUAGUAACUAAUGUAGAUUAGUGAUUACCAUUAAUUAUUGAUGAUCGUUGAGCUGUCCAGCAGUAGAGCUAGUGUCCACACUGUGCAUGCCUUAGUCCUGUUAUCCCCUUGUAUAUUGCAUUCCAAUGAUUUGUUUUUUUAUUUGUUUUUGUUUUUUCUCACCUAUACCCAAACUGCACUGCUGCCCCCAUGAUGCACCUCUGCUUGCUGGUUUAUGUUAAUGCGCUUGAACCCCAUUGGCCCAUUGCCAUCAUGUGCUCGCUGCCUGCUAAUUAAGACUCAGUCGGCUGUCAAAUCACUGAAGCGACCCCUCGACGCAACCUUUGACCUGGUACUAUGACCUUUCACCUUUUAGCUUGGCAUGUGGCUUUGUUGUAGAGCAGUGUGUUUAACCAAAGAUACCUAGCUAUUUUUGUUGUCGUUGUCUCGGUGCAAUGUCUGUUUUUUCCUCCUGUUGAUCUGUCAUUAUUACUGCUUGUGGUCAAAUGAUCGUGGCUCUCUGAAUUCGGCUCUUCGCAUCAAGACACCACCUUUUUUAAUUUCAAAUUCAAAUUCGUGCGAAGGAGCCGCAAUCAUUUCAUCACUUAGAGCUUAUUUAACCAAAGUCAGUGAGGGCUAGGGAAGUAGAGCUUCUAUACUGGUGGCAUGGCUUCAGUCUGCGUCCAAGUCAGUGUUGUGGAGCAGCUCAAUCAAGUGUGUGCAUGUCUGUGUUACUAGUGCAUGUAAAACAAUGGAUAAGGGUGGGGCUAAGAGGAACAGUCUUUACAAUCAUAUAGGAGUGAUCCCACCAUAACAGAUGAUUACAGUUCAAAUGAUUGUUCACUCCAUCAUCAAAUCUUGUCACUUUUAUCCAGACCUCAAGGGUGGCCUCAUGCCAAGGUGAGAAAUCACUCACAGAGCGUUUCAUGUCGUAAAUACUGACACCUGGAAACCCCCUUUUAUGACGCCUUACUCCUGUCCUUUGGCCUAAGACCAUUCUUGACCUUUGUCUGAGAGUGAACCAUCACUUAAACAUGGCUUACACAGUUUAUCAUGGAGCUAGCAGUGCAGCCUCCCUCUCUCUGUGCUUCCUACCUGUUCCACCUCUUGUUAGCAGCAGCCUUAUUGUUUUAAUAGUUAAUGCUUGCCUAUGUUGCAUUUAGUCAGCUCCAGGAAAACAAAGUUAAUGAUCUAAGUCAGCUUCCUGUUUUUUUUUAUAAUGGAUAUAUGAAUGCUUGUUAGCCAGUCGCUCCAGUAAGCACCAUGCUCCUGCUUGUGUAGUACUUGUGUCAGACUGCUGCUUGCUUGCUACUGAUGAUAUGAUGAUAUUGUUGUUGAUGUUGUUGUUGAUGUUAUUGUACACACAAGGAUGUUUUCAUGCUAUUUCUCUGUCCUCUAACAUUUGUGCCUUUUUUGUUUUCUUUCCUGUUUUUUUUUGCCUCUUUCCAAUACACCCUCUCUCUCUUUCUCUCUCUCUUUUCCACGCACUUCUCUCUCUCUCUUUCUCUCUCUAUUUCUGUCUUUUUUUAUUUUAUUUCUCACUGACCCCCCUUCUGUCUGGCUGGGCAGGGCAUCGCCCCUAGUGUCAUGGCUCCCCUGCCCAAGCGGGCAGCCCUGGAGAAGGCCAACGGGGCCUCUGCCAUGUUUAACACCAGCAUGCUCCAGUACCAACAGGCCCUGGCCAGCAUGCAGUUUCAGCAGCAGGCUGCUUUCCUCCCUUCAGGUAUGGACCCCCAAAGUAAACCACCACUAGAGCUCUGAGCACCAAGAGGAGGCCGGGGUUAAGUCUGUUUUGGCUCCUGCUUAGCUCAAGUGGAUCAAAGUGGUAGAUUACAGAACAGAUUAAUUCAGCUGUGCAAUGAAUUCAUAUUUGAUUAUGAAUUAAAGAAACUUACUACAAAGUCAAGCAAAAAGAUCUUGAGCGAGUGAGGGUCAGACAUUUGUUAAUAAAUGCAGUUUAAAAUGCUUCAAUAAAUUUGUGCAUCACGCUUUGUCUGGCAUUGCAUGGCCACUAUAGGAGUUAUGCUGCUUUCGAGUUACCUCGGAAGUCAGAUGUCCGAGGUGGGAAUGACGUCACACCCGAGUUACCAGCAUUUCAGUUACAGAGUCAGAAAAAAGCAAAAUCGGAGGCGGAAACAAGAUGGCUGCAUCUGCAAAAGUUAUUUUAGCGCUUGUUUUGUCCGUGCUUAUGUUGGUUUUGUAGAUGUAGCCAUCUUGUUUCUGCCCCUGAUUUAGUUUUUUUUUUAAACUUGGUAACUGAAACACUGGGAACUCGGGUGUGACGUCAUUCCAAGCUCGGACAUCUGACUUCCGAGCUAACUCGAACGCAGCAUUAGGACUGGGUUAAGACAUCUUUCUACCACUAACUGCCUUAACAUAACUACACAACUCCUUUGGCAAAACCCAGGAAAAAUCGUUGUCUCCAUGGCAACAAUUUAUAGGAAUCUUUCCUAAGUUAAUAAAUGGUUAGCUGCUCUCUUGAGCAACCGUACAGGGGCUUCAAUUUAAAUAAACGUUUAUUAAAAACAGUCACAAACUGUUAGUUAAAUAAAAAGAAUGAGUGUAAGUUUGAACAAAUUAAAUAUUUAGCUUUCUCAUUAUCAGUGUUGUUGAUAAAAGAACAGAUUCUGUAAAAUACUAUCAGUGGAAGGAAGAACUAGCUUCAGUCCUAGUUUUAAACCAUACAAAGGCUUUUUGAGUUUUAGUUAGACACAGAUGCCCUGUCCCUUUUUUAUGUUGGCCUUUUUUCUACCUAAUAAAUUAGUCACUGACAAAAGGGUAUUUGGCGAGAACAGGUUGUAUGUGACUGUCCCUCCAGGUGGAAUAAGUGUUAGUAUAAAAAAAGAACUGCAAACUAGUGACUUGUUAGACACAUCUAAGCAUCCUUAGUCCAAUCAAACCUGUCUGAAUACACAUCACUGCUGGGGCUUUGGCUUGGGCUGGGGUAAAGGGGCUGGAUGGUAAAGGUUUCUCACGUACGCCUUAGUUUGGCACCGACCAGCAGGCUGCAAAGUGUGGCUUCUGUACAUCUGCUUACUUCUGUCUCCAGUGUGUAUAUAAUGUUUAAUACUUGAUCGUUCCAAUCAUAACGACACUAUCACUCUUGUCGUGUCACUCAUUUCGAUGCACUGCACUUCAGACAAAAGUUCAGAUCCACAAUCUCAUUCAAUUAACAGACUGCUUGAUGAUAAUGAGUUCACCACUUCGCCUUUUUAUUCCAACUACUGAUGACUGUGUCUCCAGGAGAUAUUAACCUUUUUUUCCCCACCUUAUCUCUCCCCUCACUCUAACGAAAAACCUUGUGAUGGGCCUGUUUUGAUUUCUCUCCCCUAUCCAAUCCACUUCCUGUUGCACUGCAUGAUGGGCAGGCUCAAUAUUGUGCAUGACACCUGCAGCCAGCGUUGGUAGGUUCAAGCUUUCCUUCUUCAGUUACCUGUUACCUUAUGUCUGUGACUCGCACGCCAUUCAAAUACACGAUCAUGAACUGUGCUGUCUGGUUCUCAAAGGGCCAUUUUGAGUUAAAUUAUGGGUUUGUUGACCUGAGAGUGAAAAAAAUUGACGAUACUUUGAAGUAACUUUGAAGCAUGGACAAAGGUUAACGCAAGACGAGGCAGAUUUGUGACAUUUUGAUGUUGUUUCUGUUCUGAUUGACAGCUUAUUGUUUGUAAUAUCAAUGUUAAAGAGCUUUAUUGUGUUUAUCUCUCUGUUUACAUUGACUGUUUUUAACACUUGACCACCUUUGUUCUCAUGCUCGAUCUAAACUUGGCUUUUGGCUUAUCUAACCUGAGACCCAGUGAACCUCUUUUAAAAACACUAAACACAGAGGGAGUUCAAUUGUAACCUUCUCCCUUAUCUCUACUGCCUCACAACGUUUUUAGAGCUUAAUACAAACUUGUGUCUGGUGUUUACAGUAAGGGGAACAAAAAUAACUUGAUAGUUAAUAAUAAUGUGCUUACAAAUGGAAAUAAGCCACUGCUUCUGCUUACACAGCUACACUGUGUCGCAUCAAGUUCUCCCUUCACGACCUUUUUAUCCGUGACGGCAGAGCGAAGAAAGGGAACUAGUUAAAUUGAAUUCCCCCUCCGACUCCCUCGCUCCUCUCUCCUCCUCCUCCUCCCCUCAUGUGCUUGGUGUGUGUGUGUGUGUGUGGCUACACUGCACCUCUGUGAAUUUUUUUUGCUUACAUGAUUUUCCCUCCAAAAAAAGUUCCCAUGAUGCACGGUGGUACUCCGGCCACUGUGUCUGCAGCCACCACAUCUGCCACAAGCGUUCCCUUCGCAACUGCCUCCACCAAUCAGGUUUGCACCUCUACCGCCUCACUCUCUCUCUCUCUCUCUCUCUCUCUCUCUCUCUCUCUCUCUCUCUCUCUCUCUAUCUCUCUCUCUAUCUAUCUCUCUCUCUCUCUCUCUCUCUCUCUCUCUCUCUCUCUCUCUCUCUCUCUCUCUCAAUCUCUCUCUCUCUCUCUCUCUCUCUCUAUCUAUCUAUCUCUCUCCCUCUUAAUGCACAUGAACGAUCUGGGGUUGCUUGUGUCUUACAGCAAAGGGUGGGUUGGGUUACAGGCGGUACUCCCUCUUGUUGGCCUUCACUAGAGUCCAACACAAACUAUAUUAGUGCAGUGAUCGGAUGUUCGGAGACUCUUCGCUCCAUUAUAACUACAGAGAUAAUAGUCAUAUGUGUCUUAGUCUAUCUUUCACACUGUAUUGUAUUUAAUGUUUGUCCUCAUUGUAACCUCGAUUCUUGUCCUUUCCCAUUUUGAGGACUCUUCCUUAUCAAAGUUGACUACCAACGAAUACAUGCAAUUGGUAUGUAUGAGGUAGUGUUUUUCUUUAACAUUUUUAAGAGAGCCAUUCGCACAGCUUGUGCUACAGUCGCUAUCUGUGCCCUUUUGAGCUUGGCUUUUCAUUUUUUGUUUUCUUUUUUUCGCUGCUGCUUCCAGCACAUAAUGCUGUAAAAAAACAAAAACAAACAGUCAUUAAAAAAAGAUUCAUGACGAGAUUCUGAAAGUGAAGAUUUGUAACAUUCUGAUUUCAUUUCUGUUCAUGGUGUUUUGUAAGCUACAUCGCACAGGAGACUUACAAAAGUAAAGGGUUAGCCAUCAUGCUAGCAGUCAUGAUCCCAGACCAGUUUUCUGCAUUUCAUCAAGGUGUGCAGGUCAACAACAUGGAGGACUUAGUUCUGCAUGGGGGAGCCACCUCACUGACAGUUUACCCCUUGACCCCCCUCAUCCACCCCUUCCCUUGAAUCCUCCUCUCCCCCCCUGCUGUCCAGCAGUGUCUUUUAAUUCCUAUUCACGCCCCACAUUGCAGUGAAACCGUAGCUGAGUUGCUUUUUCUAUCUUUUCAUCUUUGCUUUCUCAAAAAUUAACUCAUCUUAUCAUUUAAAGACGUUGUUAAAAUGUGAUUUUGCUGUCGGCUAACGUCCACUUCGAGUGUUUCCAGUUUGGGAUCUCCUCUUUGAUCUCUUGGUCUGUUUUCUAUCCCCCAGAUUCCAAUAAUAUCUGCAGAUCAUCUGAGUAGUCACAAGUACUUGACUCAAAUGUAG